CAAACACUCCCCUGUAACGUAACUUCUCUCCCUCAGGAUCUAGGCCUAGAUCCAAGAAAGAAGAAAAAAAAGAAAGAUGAACGCGACGCAAAUCUUCAACGAAGCAACAACCAUCUUCUUCCGCCACUACCACAACAAACCCUACACGCUCUUCAACGCCCCGCUCUUCCACCGCAAAGCCUCGGCCGGCCAGAUCCCGCAAUACCUGCAAUUCGCCUUCAUCGCGACGGCCGUGCGCUUCUCAUCGCAGGUGCAAUGGAAGCAGCGCAAACAGAGCACGAUCGACAGCUAUGCGCGCGCGUCCUGGGAACUCAUCAUGUCGAGCCCCGACGGGUUGGGGGAUUCGGAUUCGAGCGAUGUCUCGGUGAUUCAGGCGCUGGCGCUGCUGGCGAUUAUUGAUGCGACGGCGGGGAGGAGACGGGCGGCCUGGGUGAAGAUUGGGAUGGCGGUGCGGAUCAGUCAGGAUCUCAGGAUGAUGGAGGAGCCUGAUGUCGAAGCGGGGUUGGGGCUGUUGGAGAGGGAGGAGAGGCGGGGCUUGUUCUGGUCGUUGUUUUUGCUGGAUCGGUUUGUGUGCUGUUCGUUUCGACGGCCGCCGGCGAUCAAGACCAAGGAUUGUCGGUUGAAUCUCCCGGUCGAUCGGGCGUUGAAGGAGGGCGAGGUCCCCAUGACGCUGGGAGGGUUACUCGACAGCAAAGUGCGAGGACGCGCAGGGCAGGUCGUCGGCCUGUCCGGGCUGUCCGUCGGCUUCGCAGCCCUCCUCGGCCGAACAAUCGACUGCAUGAUGAACCGCGACGAACGCGCAAUCGAGCCCUGGAAGGAACCCUCGGACUACAGCAGCAUCCGCACGAGCCUCGAGUUCCUAAAACAAAUGGCCGACAGCCACUCGCCCGACGAGCCCUCGGACACCGACCGCACCUCGCACCUCGUCCUCUCGCUGACGCUGUACCACCUCACCCACUGCAUCCUCAGCCACCCGUUCCUGCUCGGCGUCAAGCGCCAGACGUACCCGGCGACGCCGACCGCCUGGGUCGAGGCGCAGAUCGCGUCGUGCUGGAGUCAUGCGCUCGAUCUGACGACGCUUGUGGUUGAUGCGAAGCGCGCGGGAUACAUGCUCGCGCCGUCGUUUUACAGUUACUGUGUCCUCGUUGCUGGGACUGUGCAUGCGAUUUUGCUGCAUGGCGAGGAUAUGCCGGCUAGUGAGCGGGCGUCAAAGUAUCUCAAGACCUCGUUUGAUUAUCUCUCGGAGAUGACGGAGAUGUGGCACAAUUCAUAUAUCAUGUCCGACGCGCUGCGCUUCUUCACAAACCGCUGCGUCCGCUACAGCAGCAUCCUCCUCGGCCCAGCACCGCUCUUCAAAAACCUCACGCAGACAGAUAUAACCGUCCUCCGGGCUGUGCUAGACUACUGGACGAUGAUGGACCCGCGGAAUCCCAUCUCCGAUCUCAACUCUAUAAACAUCGACUGUUUCGCAAAUACACCGGGCAAGGGGGAUCGAGAAAGAGAACGAGAAACGCAGUCACUGACACCAGACGACACCACGACAGGGAGCUCAGCCUCGUCCAAGAACGAACCGGACAAUCCGACCGUCGACCCGAAGCUCGUCGACUUUCCGCUCUCAAUCUCCUCUCCCGCGAGUUCAAAUGGGGAGGGCGGGACCGAGUUUCACAAGUGGGACUGGGAUAAUGAGCUUGGCGCGAUGUAGCCUUCCUUACUUAUAUAUGACAUGGAAAUGAACAAUAGACGAACUUGAGCAUGCUUCCAAGUGGCAAUUUUUAACCCGAUAUUCCGCGGAUUGUUUCAUUGGUAUCCCUCCAAAGCAGGAAGGACAACGCCACUACACUCGCCAAACCCAAACCGCACCCCCGUGGCCCGGUUCACGCACCACCCGUCCAUAAUCACCUCGUCGCCGUCCUCGAGGUACGAGAUGCCGUCGGCUUGCAUGUCUGGCAGCACGUUCUGCGGGAGUUGGCGCUCGAGUAGGCAAGCUAUGCCGGUGUUUUCGCCUUUGGAGUUGCGGCGCUAUGUUGCCUUGUUUAGUACAUAUAUACGUUGUUGCGGAUUAGGGUGUAUAAGGGGAAAGGGUGACCGGGGAAGAAGAGGGCAGUUGGGAAGUAUGGCAUACCGCACUCGUCAGCGUCCCCGUGCCAAAGAUAUCCCCCGUACUCAGACCCUCGCCUGCGCUGGCCAGAUGUGCGAGCUGUUGGUAUGGUGUCCAAUACAGCUCGUUUAGAUUCGACUCGGUGACGAGGUACGACUUUCCGUUCCCUGUUGAUAUCAUCAGCACACCCCUCCCGAACCAACCAAGCAACCAAGGAAAAAGAGAUAGGGAUACAUACGUACAACCCUCGCGCUCACCUCAACAUCCCACGUCGCCUCCUCUUCCUUCCCCCUAUACUCCAAAUGCCUCAACGGCGCCGGAUCCUGCACUUUGGUACUAGCACACUUGCUCCCCUCCAACGCCUCAGCCGUAACAACCCACGCACUAACCGUCGUGCCCGCCCCCUUGCCAUGAAACGGUCCCAGCGGCGGCAUCUCGAACAUCUGGAUAUCCCUCGCGGACCAGUCAUUCAGCAGGACCAUCCCGAAGAUGUGCUCCUGCGCAUGGGCGAUGUCGAGGAUUGCGCCCGGUGGGAGAGGGCGCGAGAGGAAGAGGCCGAUUUCGAGUUCAAAGUCGAAGCGGGCGGAGGGCUGGAAUUUCGGCGGGUUCUGGGUGGUAUCUAGGGAGGUGGAUGGCGUGCGGUAGACGCCGUGCGGCCGGACGAUGGGUGUGCCUGUAAUCCGCAGCGAGGACGUGCGCCCGUUGUACACGGAGGGCGUGUAGAACCAGUUUUCGGGGAUGGGGCGCGAGGUUAGGGUGCAGCACUUUUUACGCAAAAACCUGUUAGCCUUCAUCACGACAGUUGCUUCUCCCCCGCGGAGAAAAGGAUAGGAGUUGGUAGCAUAGGGGGGUCAUACAUUCUGCGUAUGCUCCAACGAGCAAUAGAAAUCCGAAAAAUUCCUCGUCUCCAUCGGGAAAUGAUUCUUCA